UUGACAUACAUCAAACAAAAAUUUUAAAUUUGUUUGGAAUAUCCCCGUUUUAACGUACUUUUUACUUUUUCUGUCAUAAAAAUCAAUUUGGGCACAGUAUUCAAAUUCAAAAAUAACAUUCAAUCCCAUGAAACUACUUCGGCAACAAGAACAUGGAUUUUUUUAACGAGGAUGCCCGUAAAUCUAGUUUUAAGUAUUGGUUUGCUGGAAGUGGUGACUCCUGCAGCAUAAGCAAAAUGGCAGAAGCUGGUUUUAUAUUUACCGGUUCCUCAAAAGAACGAGACUCGGCCCAAUGCUUUUAUUGCAAAAAAGAACUUGGAGGAUGGGAAGAAGAUGAUAAUCCGUGGCAGGAGCACUUAAAGCACGCCCCACAAUGUGAAUUUGCCAGAAUGCAAAAGCCACAGUCCAGCUGGACCUUGGAAGAAAUGAUGGAUUUUAUUAAGAAAUCUAUUAAAUUCAACCAUCAGAAUAAUGAGAAAAAAAUUAAGGAAUUUUUCGAGACAGCAAGAGACAUGGUUAAAAAGUUACCAGAUUAAUUAGUUUAGUUUAGUUUUAAGUGGAAUCCAAACGGUACAAGGUUAGUUCUAAACUGUUAUGUGUUUUAUCACCAGCAGAAUAUAACAACACUUAUUUCUGUAUAUAUAUACAUUUAUUAUUACAAUUUAUUAAUUUAUAAUUAAUUACAAAUAUCUCAUUAUUUAGAUUAAAAAAAAGGUAAUUCAGAACCAA